AGGGUAAAUAUGCCUGUCUGCUAUCUCGAUUUCCAAGAUGGCGGACGUUGAUUCAACUUUCGACUUCCUUCACAUGGAGAUAGUUGGCUAUUUCCACAGAGAGAAACAAGGAAGAUUUUCCGAGGCCGAUGCCAUGCAGAAACUGGAAAAGAUGGGAUUCAAUGUUGGACAGCGUUUGGUGGAAAGAUUCACGAAGGAUUCGCCGAGAUUUAAAGACGAACUAGACAUUAUGAAGUACGUGUGUAAGGAUUUUUGGACGGCGGUGUUCAAACGUCAGGUUGAUAAUUUGAGAACAAACCAUCAGGGAGUUUAUGUUCUUCAGGAUAACAAGUUUCGAGUAUUAACUCAAAUGUCAGAAGGAAAACAGUAUACUGAGGUAGCUCCCAAGUUUUUAGCAUUUCCGUGUGGCAUGAUCAGAGGGGGUCUGGCAAACCUUGGAAUAACAUGUACUGUUUCUGCAGAUGUUUUACCAAUGCCCGCGUGUAGAUUUCAAAUUGUUAUUCAGAGGACGUAACUAAAGUUGAAGAAUCCAUAAGAGGUGAAAACAUUUUAUUAUGAUCACAGAGGAAUAAGACAAGAAAUGACUUGUAUGUGCCUUCUGUCAUGUACAUUGCAAGUGAUGACAGAAGAACUACAGAAGUAGAGCAUAAUUUAUGAUAUAAUAUUAUUUUCUUGAAUCUUGCCAGAAAAUAUCUGGCCCCAUCUCCUAGCAGAAUAGCAAUAUUUCUUCCAGCAUGUUAUACUGUAUUUACACAAAAGACAAAUACAGUACACCAACAAAUGUUUUACUUCAUCAUAAUGAAAAACUCAAAAACAUCAUAAUGAAAAAUCCAGUUUCUUUAUUACUUUGCUAGUUCUUUGUUAGAUAAGUGACUCUCUCUUGUUGCUAUGUACUGCACACAUAUUACUCAACCAUAAAAAAAAAAGUUAGUACAACAAAAAGGAAAAGCUCUGGUAGAUUUAUGCAAUGUUUGUUCGUCAGCUCUAUUCACAAUCUGGAAACAAAAAUGUAAAUAUAUUUGAUUAGCUGAACUAAAUAAAACAACUGUACUUAUUAGUACUGUAGAGAAUAAUAAUAAGUAUAAUUGAUCAAAA